AUGACGCUUAUAUCCAUGAAGUACCCAGGUGAUGAUUUUGUCAACAGGCUUUUAUCAAGCAGUCACAUUCUUGAAGACUUAAUGGUGGAGCAAUGUCUUGAUGACAAUGUGACUGUUUUCACCGUUAGAGUGCCUUCUCUAAAGCAGUUAUUCGUCUGUAAAUCACCAGGCAAACAUAGAGAUGCUGCAGAUGGGUUUGUGAUAAAUGCUCCUUCUUUGGAGUCAUUGGAGAUUCUUGAUUAUACGGGUGGGUUUUGUGUCAUUGAGAAUGAGAUGCCUAAUAUUGUAAUAGCAGAUAUUGACUUGAAUCAUAGUCAGCCCGUGAAUAUAUUGAGUUCUGUUACUUCAGUCAAGUUUCUCUAUUUAUGUUUAUCAACGGCAGAGGAUGCAUAUCCUGUUGGUAGUGUCUUCCAUCAUCUUGUAUGUUUAACGGCCAACACAGUCGCACGAUCAUAUACCGAACAUGGCCAUUGUAAACUUUAG